AUGGAUACCACUAACAGUAAGAAAGAUGAUAUUAUCCAACAAGACUUAGCAGACCACCAACAACCGACACAGCAACAAUUGCCACCACAUCAAUUUACACUAACACUCAUUGAUAUCCUGGAAUCUCUAGUACAGGCAUGGAAAAAAGAGCUCGCAGCAAUCAAUCUAAAAUCAAAUUCAUUAAACGUAGAAAUCCACCUUACCACCUUCCAAAACUACCUAGAAACAAGGUCGGCAGAAUGUAUAGUAUCACCGGCCAACAGCUUCGGACUAAUGGACGGCGGACUCGACUACUACAUUUCGGAAUACUACGGUGGCGUGAACUCGUUGAUUCCGGUUGUACAAUCAGCAAUACAAGAAGAUUGGUGUGGCGAACAGAAUGUAGGAACCUGUCUACUGGUGGAUGUGGAUGAAUUAGCACAGAAAGUUAAAGGAUCGGUUAAGGAUCGGAAAAAUGUUCCACGGUAUAUUGCCCAUUGUCCUACGAUGCGGACACCGAAAGCAUUAUAUGGAGGUGAUGAUAUUGUGUAUCGAUGUACUUGGGCGUUAUUGACUUCUAUUCGUAAGCAUAAUGCGACGUUGCGUCGACCAGAAGAUAGGAUUAAUAAUGUUAUCUGCGCAGGAUUUGGAACCGGUGUUGGUGAGUUUCCGGAAGAAGGGUGUGUUAAACAGAUGAUAUUGGCUAUUAAGCAUUUUCUUGAGGCGCCGGUAAAUGUUGGCAGGAAUAAGAGUAACGAUAAAAAUCUUGGGUGGGGAAGUGAAUGGCACGUAAUGUGGCCGUAUGCGAGACAUAUAGAAAGUGGUGUGCAGCAUACACUUUUGAAAGAAGAGCAUAAUCGUGAAAAUGAUGAAGAUAUAGAUUAG